UGCUCUGCUGUGCCAGUGUGCCUCGCGAUCAGCUCCAAUCAUAAACUGUCCGUUAUAUUCACGGGAAAUUAUGACGAUUUUAAUACUCGGACGGAUGAUUUUAUGAAUCAUAAGGAGUUAAGAGACACUGAAUCUGCAUUUCGACUCGCGCGGGUUUAAAGGCUCUAUGGAGUUUUGAAUCAGACGGAGAUUAGAGAUGCCCAGAGCGUCUCAGUGAAAUAACCCGUAAUCCCCUCGGUGACCUGCUGCUCUUCCUGAGGAGAACACGAGCUGAAGAAGGACUCCGACCAACACGAGGCCAGUGUGACAGAGAUUUGAUCUUCUCCACUCCGCCUUCAGGAGGAAGAUCUCGACGCUCUGAUGAGGAGUUCGGCUCCGUCAUUUCUUCCCCAACUCUAAUAUUCUCCCGAGGAUCGCAUGUUUCCUCAUCACUGUCUCCAGAAUGGCUGACGCCUGGAUUACACGGCCCGAGGAACAACUCCAGGAAUUAUCCUUGUGGUCUUUUGGUUUUUCAUGGAGCAUCCAGAAGUGAAACGGAAUUUCCUCCAUGUCAUCUGCGUGUGAUGUCAGACGUCUGCUGAAGACACUCGUAUGUGGGAGCGCUGUGUGCUAAUAUAUUCCAGAUAUGCUCCAAACCAAUAACUACUCGCUGGUGCUGCUGAUCCAGCUGGCACUGCUGACCUUUGACCUGUUCGUCAACUCCUUCAGCGAGCUGCUGCGGGCGGCUCCGGUCAUACAGCUCGUGCUGUUCAUAAUCCAGGACAUUGGCAUCCUGUUUAACGUGAUCAUCAUUCUUCUCAUGAUGUUUAACACAUACGUGUUCCAGGUGGGGCUGGUGUCCCUCUUACUGGAGCGAUUCAGAGCCCUGCUCAUCCUGUCUGCUCUCUACCUCACUCUCAGCAUCUGCUUUCACUGCUGGGUCAUGAACCUGAGGUGGAUGGAGUCCAACCGUUUCGUGUGGACGGACGGUCUGCAGGUUCUCUUCGUGUUUCAGAGACUAGCUGCUGUGCUGUAUUAUUACUUCUACAAACGCACAACCGAGUACCUGGGAGACCCCCGACUUUACGAGGAUUCCCCGUGGCUUCGUGACGCAUUCGCUCGAGCGCGACAGUGAGAAACAAACCACCGCACGAGGGGCGAAACAAUCUAAAAAACUCGGAUGCACUUAAAACAAACCUUGUAGAGAAGAGGCCAGAUGACUUCCUCUGGAGAGACCUCACUUAAAGCAGAUCAUAAAACCUGAUGUCUGAAGGUUUCGAAAGAUGUGACUUUCCAUAAGCAUCGACACCCUGUGUAACGCGUAGUCGCGCCGAACGCUCUUUUAUAUUGUUUUGGAUCAGCGCCGGAGCGUUUGAUUGGACAGUCGGACCACGAGUGGUUUCGUUCACUUCAGUUUGCCUUUGAAAAGACGAGUGGGAUUUGGUCUGAAGAAUCGUCAUGAUGGAGCCGGGAGAUUUUUUUUGUAUGUUUUACCAGUUUUUUUUUUUUUUUAAUGUGUUUAAUAUUUUCAUAAACAUCCUCCAAAAUCAUAGGCGGAGCAUCAACAAAGUGCCUCACAGGGGGAACAGUGAGGAACCCGCAGAGCGCCAGUGCACUUGUUAUGCUGUAAUCGUCAUUUAUUCGUCUGUGACCGCUAAUAAACAUUUUCCAUUGGA